CAGAGAAACCAAACUGGAAAACUUUUUAGACGACUAUUCAGAGUUGAAAAUCUGCAACCAAUCUUGGACUUCCUUCCAGGCUGCUGCUUCCAGCCCCGCCCAGAUUUAGAGAAACGAAACUAGAAAGUAGAAAUCAGAAACAAGAAACUUAAGAGUGUCACUUCCUGGAGUGCAGAUGCCCAGUGAUGGCACAAGAGAUAUCAGCGUCCGACGGCCCAGUCCCUAAUGGUGUCAGUCAGGUUACAGAAAAGAUGGAAAAAUGGACGUGUGCCCUCUGCCCUGAAGGCCAUGAGUGGAGUGUGAUAUACAUUGCACCAUCAGAGAAGAUAGCUGCUCAUGAAAAUUGUUUGCUGUAUUCAUCAGGACUGGUGGAAUGUGAGACUCAUGAUCAGAGUAAUACAGGUAGAAACUUUGAUGUGAAAUCAGUAAAUAAAGAGAUCAAGAGAGGAAACAGAUUGAAAUGCUCACUUUGUAAAAAGAAAGGAGCCACCGUGGGAUGUGAUGUAGCAUCCUGUGCCAAGAAAUAUCACUUACUCUGUGGCAAGAAGGACAAGGCAGUUCUGCAAGUUGAUGGAGUUCACGGAACCUACAAGUUAUUUUGUGAACAGCAUGCUCCAGAACAAGAAGAGCCCGCUCCAAGUACCUACUACCCAAGGGUGAAGAGAAAGAAAGGAAGGAAGAAACGCUUCUUAUCAGGUGCUCCUGCACAGCCAACAAAGAUGAAAUUCGGUGGAUCCAAAAUCUACAUAACAGAAAAGCUCCUCAGCACCACAGGUGAAAUUUUCAGAGUUCCUUUUCUAAAGAAAUGCAAGGAAGCAGGACUUCUUAACGAAUUAUUUGAAGGGAUACUAGGAAAAAUAGAUUCAAUUCAUGGAAGACUCAUUGAUGAGAGAGCUUCAGAAUCAGAGUAUGAAGAGUUUGCAACCUUACUGUUUACCAGUAGAUUGUUUGAAGACACAUUAAUAAAAUUUCAAGAAGUAAUAAGGAAUAAAGCCUAUGAACAUGAAGAAAGGCAGAGACAUCUGAAGCAGCAGCUUGAGGCACUUAUAGACCUAAAGGAAACCUUCUGCUCAUUUCAAGAAAAUGUAGACCAGGACCACUCGAGUUCUACUUCAAGAUCCUUGGAGGACCACCAGUUCAAGUGGCAGGAGUUUGCUGAGAUGAGUGCAGGCUCAUCAGACAGCCUGUGACACACGCUUAGGUCCCCAGUUCUCUCUGACCUGCUACUGCUCAUCGAUGCUUCAUACCUGAUGGGGUGUUUCCUGUCUCCUCUCUUGUCAUCUCACUUGUCCUGCUUUUUCCUGCCAGUAAAAACGGUUCCUUUGGUCAACUGCAUCAGGCUCCCCAUCUUUCUCAAGCAGCGAGGAAGACUUCCCACCUUCCCUACCCGCCCCAGUCAAGUGCAGCAACACCAGAGCCUUUGCAUGGCCUUCUGGGGAAUCUUAGAACCUUCUCCUGCCUCUGCUGCUCCUCCAGUAGGUCUCAUAAAGGCCUCCUCUCAGGAUGAAUAACUCCAUCAGAAUAGAGCAGAACGCAUUCCUGUGGCUUGCUCACUGUUACCCUGGCUUUCUGUUCACUACCACAUUUCUAACUCUUAGCACAUCAAUAAAUGCUUGUAAAAUACA